AAGAAAAAACGAGCAGUCUAGUGCACACACGCAUAUAUCUGGUCGGGCUGAUGAUCGUUGAUGUACUUUGUGUUCUUACGUGCGUAUCUUCAACAACAUCCAAUCUGAUUCAGAAAGCGUUUUAAAAAUGUCAUGUAUCUGUCGAUCGUUAUUUCAUAUUGCUGAUUGUGUAACUGCACCCAAUUUGUAAACACGCAGUUGUUAUGUAUGAUUGAAUGGCAGCAAUGUUUCAUUUAUUAUGUCAGACAUCUACAUAUAGAGCAACUAUUAAAUGCAAACAUGUGGUCCAAAAUGAAACAUUUCUGAAACGAAACCCAAUGCAUGGGGUAUGGAGGAGGUCUUUCAACGCUGAACAUACUUGCCUUGAAUCAAGAGCACUUCCUUUAGUUCAUCAUGUCAAGUACAUAUGUGACCUCCCUGAAAACCACAGGUUUCCAAUGGGAAAGUUCCCCAAAGUCCUGGAGAGUCUGCUCAGAGAUCAAGUCAUAACAGAAAAACAGGUGUGGGCCCCUAAGAUUGCCUCCAAAGGGCUUCUGGGAUGUGUGCAUACUGAGGAGUACCUGUCCAACUUUAUCAGUGGAAAAAUCAGUGAGAAAGAUCAGAGACGGACUGGAUUUCCUUGGAGUUCUGGUUUAGUUCAACGCUGCAGAUAUGAAACGGGUGGCACUGUGCUGGCAGGAGAGAUCGCCCUGCAGAGGGGACUGGCGUGCAGUACAGCCGGAGGGACCCAUCAUGCCUUUCCAGGCUACGGCGCAGGCUUCUGCCUCCUCAAUGACUUGGCUGUGGCCGCCAAACACUUGAUGGGUGAGUCCGCAUCCAAGAGGAAGAUUCUCAUCGUGGAUCUGGAUGUACAUCAGGGUGAUGGCACAGCAUUCAUUUUUAAGGAGGAACCCAAUGUUUUUACCUUCUCGGUGCAUUGUGGGAAAAACUUUCCUUUGCGAAAGCAGCAGAGUGACCUAGAUGUCAGUUUAGAAGAUGGCACUGAAGACAAAGAGUAUCUUUCCAAAGCCCAUCUGUGGUACUGUGGUAAAAUGCAUAAAGUCAUUUCCUGUGCAGUCCAGGCACAACUCCCUUGGUUACUGGAGACAUUCCACCCGGAUCUGGUCCUGUAUGAUUCUGGAGUGGAUCCACACUGGGAGGAUGAACUUGGAAGACUUCGUCUCACAGAUGAAGGACUUUACCAGAGGGAUCUUUAUGUACUUCAGACAGUCAUUAAAAAGGGCAUUCCUGUGGCCACUGUCAUUGGAGGAGGCUAUUCAAGAGAUAUUGAUCAACUGGCACGCAGGCACUCAAUAAUUCACAGAGCUGCUUCAAAGGUUUGGAGAGAAUAUGGACUUUAACUCCAGGAUGGAAAUGGACAGCAGAUGCUAAACAAACUAAAAUCAUUGGGUACUAAGAGGGACCAUAUGAACAUUUGGUCACACUUUAGUUUGGGGAAUGAAUAUUCACUAUUAACUAUGACUUUUGCCUUAAUAUACUCCUAAUUUACUGCUUAUUAAUAGUUUUUAAGGUAGUUGUUGUAGUGGUUAAGUUAAGGUAUUGGGUAGGAUUAAGUGAUGUAAAUAUGGUCACGAAAAAUAACGCAUUAAUAUGUGCUUUAGAAGUACUAAUAAACAGCCAAUAUGAUAGUAAUAAGCAACUAGUUAAUAGUGAGAAUUUGUCCCCAAACUAAAAUGUUACCAAACAUUCUCUUGUGCCAUUGCUAUUGGUUGCAAUAGAUCUCAUGAAUAAAAAUGCCAUAUUUAUUCAAGUGAUAAA